UUCCACCACAGGUCCAGGUCCUUGUGGGGAAGGACGCGGGGAAGCAGGCGAUGGUCACCCAGGUGGUGCGAGCCCGUAACUGGGUGGUGGUGGAAGGGCUGAACACGCACUACCGCUACGUCAACCGCACGGCCAAGUACGCCGGGACCUACAUCGCCAGCGAGGCCCCGCUGCUGCUCAGCCAGAUCUCCUUGGUGGACCCCGAGGACAGGAAGCCGACGGAGGUGGAAUGGCGUUACACGGAGGAGGGCGAGCGCGUCCGCGUCUCCCUGCGCAGCGGCCGCAUCAUCCCCCUGCCCCUGCGGCAGCGCCGCGACGGCAUCGUCCCCGAGCAGUGGAUCGACGGCCCCAAGGACACGUCGGUGGAGGACACGCUGGACAAGACGUACAAACCGUCCCUCAAGACCUUCGAGGAGGAGAUCAUGGACGCCCUGGGGAUCGUGGAGACACGCAGGGCCAAGAAAUCCUACUGGUAUUAACUGGUGGGGGACUGGGAGAGAUGCGGGGGGGGACACAAACCAAAUCCCCCCCCCUCCCCGCCUUGGGCUGGGGUCUGCAAUAAAGACACCCCUUUUAUUUUCCCCUUU